GCGGCGGCCGCGGAGGGACGAUGCGCGAGUACAAAGUGGUGGUGCUGGGCUCGGGCGGGGUAGGCAAAUCCGCCCUGACCGUGCAGUUCGUGACCGGCACCUUCAUCGAGAAAUACGACCCCACCAUCGAGGACUUCUACCGCAAGGAGAUCGAGGUGGAUUCGUCGCCGUCGGUGCUGGAGAUCCUGGACACGGCGGGCACCGAGCAGUUCGCGUCCAUGCGGGACCUGUACAUCAAGAACGGCCAGGGCUUCAUCCUCGUCUACAGCCUCGUCAACCAGCAGAGCUUCCAGGACAUCAAGCCCAUGCGGGACCAGAUCAUCCGCGUGAAGCGAUAUGAGAAAGUGCCAGUCAUCUUGGUUGGGAACAAAGUGGACCUGGAAAGUGAGAGAGAAGUAUCGUCCAACGAAGGCAGAGCCCUUGCUGAAGAGUGGGGCUGCCCCUUUAUGGAAACUUCCGCUAAGAGUAAAACAAUGGUGGACGAACUCUUUGCCGAAAUUGUGAGGCAGAUGAACUACGCUGCUCAGCCUGACAAAGAUGACCCAUGCUGCUCUGCAUGUAACAUACAAUAGCAUACAGAUAUGGCUGUCCUGGAUGGGGUUUGCCCAGUGCCGUAGGUGACAGAAACCUCACCUACUCCACUGCAGAACUUGCAGGACGCGUGGUGUUCCCAUGCUGCUCUGCAUGUAACAUACAAUAGCAUCCAAGUAUGGCUGUCCUGGAUGGGGUUUGCCCAGUGCCGUAGGUGACAGAAACCUCACCUACUCCACUGCAGAACCUGCAGGAUGCGUGGUGUUCAUCUACAGAGAACUGCAGCCCUUACUCAGAAUUGAGCAGUGAUUGUCAGUUGAUAUCUCUGAGUAACACUUGGGUUCAGUAACUACAGUUUUCACCAUUUGUCCUCAGUCUCCUUUAUGCAUCUGCAACUUUAAGGCAUAGUCCAUCGAUCUACAGGGUGAUCUCAUUUGAAAGCUAUGAUGGCACUGUCGCUGAGUUGACAGAAGCAACUAUUGUAUAAAUUAAAAAUAACCAUAAGGGAGAAACCAGAAGAAUUCUUCUGACCACUUACAAUUAAAAUAUUUUGUCUUCUUUAAAAAAAUAAGUAAAGGAGAAAUAUUUUCCUACAAGAGUACUGAAUUUCAGGAAAUGAGAUAGAGCUUCUAACCAAUGUAUUCCGUCAAGUAAGAUAAUAACAGCUGACCUGCCACAGCAUUACAGGGAGAUUCUUUGCUCAGCUAACACAUUUUUGUUUUUCAAAAUUGAUGCUUAAUUGUAGCUGUUAUUCUAAUUUGUGACAUGGAACUAACUCAUGCUUCAAUCCUUGAUAGAACAAAACUCAGAACAGGUUAUGUAAAAAUAUAGUCUGGCUUUAGAAUUUGUUAAAUCACCUGCUUUGCCACAGAAAAUGGAGGCUUUCACAAGGGUUUGAUCAGAAUUAAAACCCCAAACCCGCCCUCUGUCAAGAGUGGUCUUUAUAACUUUACUGAACAAGAGGGAAGCAACUGUGAUGGGAAGAGAUUACCCAGCCUUACUAACAAGAAGCAUUCUAAUAGAUAAACUAGUACCAUCAUGUAAGGAAAAUGAAGCCAUGUUGCAUCCACAUGUUCCCGUUUGCAGAAACCUCACAGGACAGUACGAAUAUCUGGCAUUUUUAAGUUCAUUAAAGCAGCAAAUUCCUUCUCGCCUUUAAGGGCUAUGGUUGUAGUGUGACCCGUGGCUAACCUGCUUUCAAAAUCAAGUUUGCUGUAGCAGAGCUUUAUUGCAGGCAUUUUAAAAACUGAAUAACCAUGUGAAAUAAUUUGGGCUUAAAAGUGAACAUAAAUUAUAGAGUGGAAGGUAAGGGACAAAAGCCUUUUACCUUUAAUUUUCCUGGAGAAUUAUAUAAAGAUUUUCUUAGAACAAUUUUGCCCUGAUUACUGAAGCGUCAAAUAAAGCUGGAGUGAAAAUUUUGUUUUGAAAAGGUGCUCAAGCUCUGACAUUUUUGGUUUUCAUAGUCGUGAAGUAUUUAUCAUUUGCAUGACUAAUGGCACAGGAAAAACCUAUUCAUAAGUUUUACAAUCAAGUAUAGAGGGGUCUUCAGCUAACUUAGUUAUAAAUGCUGAAAAGAUUAUCUUGAGCUGGGCCUUGGGAGAAGAAUUUGGCCUUCAGAACUGCAAUAUCACUGAGCCUGCGAUCUAUACACCACCCCACAUUUUGUUGGUUUCACAGUCUUGUGCAAGUAACCUCUGGUCUUACGUGUGUAACUGAGAGAAGAGUGUGUGUUUGUGUGUGCAUGUGUGUUUAUUGUUCCUAAGAAUUUGGCACAAGUCAGAGAUAAUUGCCUAUACUAAGAAUCUAUACUGCAGAAUAUAGUGUUAUCAAAAACUUUUUUCUUUUAAAUUAUUAAAGUGUCUUUUAUACUUUUAUGAAAUCAUUGGUAGCCCCCUAAGUGUUUAAUAACUGGCAUUAAGCUUAGAUGGAAAAAAAAAAGAUUGAUAGUAUUUUUCAUAAUGAAAAAACUGAAGAGAUAUGUGAAUGAAACCAGGCCAUAGCUGUCAAAAAUCUUUGACUUUUGAAUAUUUACAUUCUUCAGUAUAAUUUUUUAUAAUCCUCAAUUAUGAAGCACCUUGUUUAUAGGACAAAAAAAUUUAACCAAUUUUAUUGAAACAAAUUUCACUGUGUAAAAGUUGGUUUGAUUCAAACAUGUAGAGAAGUUGGAGAUUCAAGAUAUAUGAUUUCUCUACUGAAAUAAAAAUAUUUGUUAGUGAAUUGGUUGAGUUUUGAUUCCUCUGACUUCUCAGAAUGAUUCUUUGGAAUUCUAUAAUUCAUAGCAAUUUUUGACAAGAUUGCAAAAUAGAAAUAUCUAUAAAGAUUCCACAGUUUGACAUUAUGGCUUGCUAUGCAGAUGUGAAAACAGGUUAAAUAAUAUGAAAGAUACGGCAGAAUGUAAAGUGGAAAAGAUGACCUAAAAUUCUGAGUUGUGUUAAUAGUUAAAAACAUUUGUGUCAGAUGACGAGGUGGGCUUUUACUGUCAAGACAUGAAUAAUAACUGAUCUGGCUGCCUGAUCAGUGUUUCCAUGCAGCGCUGCAUAUUUAGUGACCAAGGCAUCAAGGACAUCCCGAAACUGGAAAUUCAUAUCCAUCUGGUGUGAAUAUAACUCAGCUGGCAAAUGAAUGUGUUUGUUGAGAUAUUACAGUAAUAAAACACUUAAGAACAGGAAGAUUACAUUUGUUGGCAUAUGAAACCUUAGUGGCUACAGAAGAAAGCUGACCUUGUGUCACUAUUUAUUUUAUGCCCUGAUCAGACUAGCAACUUAGAUAAGUGAAAGUUUUUCUAACAUGCCUUAAAAAUAUUAUGGUUUGAUCCAAAGACCCACUUUUUCUUCAGCUCUUAUGACAAGAUUUUCUUUUUUUUACUUUUAUACAAAGGCAGCAUCUUUGAAUUUUUUUUUCUUUUGAUGUUGCAACUUUUGGGUUCUUUUAAACUGUGAUAGUGAUGGUAACUGAUGCCUUUCAUUUUGUUCAACUUAUACAAAACAAGCCAGCAUCUGAUCAAAAGUAUUACAUAAGAUCUUUUCUUAAACUAUUGAAAGGUGCUUUGAUGAUUUUCUCCUUUGGUUUGUAGAAUUAGGACUGAACUUUUGACUCAAAUUGCUACAGUUGCCAUCACCUUUCUGUGGUAAUACUACUGAUAUUUGCUUUUCUAUAUAAAGAAAUGUUGCCUAAGGCUGUCUGGUAUUUGUUUUCAAGGGUUUUCCAGUAUGAAUGUUAAUGUUGUCAGUGUAUGUAUGAAUAUGAAAGUGCUUUGUUUUGUUUGUUGCUGUUUUUUGUUUGUGUGUAUGUGUGUUUUUAAUUUUUUGUUCUUAUCAGUAGUCUUGUGUUAGCACUGGGUAAGCUUUAAUUGUCCCUUAGCCAAUCAAACGUUAAGGACUAUGGGUUUUUUUUUUUUUUUUUUAACAUGUCAUUGUGCAUCUAUUAAAUCUUGAUCAGGGUUUCAAGAAUGACUGCAGUGGGUUUUGGAAACAGACUUAUCAUUAUUGAUUUGAGGUUUCCCAGAGAUAUAGUUCACAGUUAAUUGUUGCGCUCUAAUACAACUGACCAUUUAAAAUUGAACAACAGUUUAUUGUUUUGUAACAAUGUCAGUUGUUAAACCUUGACAUUUCAAUUAAAACAUGAAUUGUAGUUAUAACUCAAUGCAAAUUCAACAGUUGUAUUUGGAGUUAAAUUAUUUUAACAAAUAAAUUUAUUUAAUGAAA